GCAAAGUUGAAAAUGAACUGUUCUGUAGACCCUGCAGUAAUAUUAUAUAAUCUAAAUAACAUGGCUACUAUGUAAUAAAUAUCGACCCAUGCUUCAAUUGAAUGGCACACCACAAUCUCACUGAAAAAUCUUUCUUUAGAUUCUCUACCAUUUCUUUCCCCCUCAUUUUCUCCAUUUGAAGGAGUGAACCAAAAAAUGACCUUCCCGGGCCUUGAUUUUGAGUAUUCCAUUUCACUUCUCUUUUGCCUGAUUCCCUUCUUCUGUUUCUUCUUGUUGAGUUUGAAAACAUCCUUCAAGAAUGACAAAAUCUUCGUUUCAUCCAACAAUAAGAGCAAACUAUCCACCACCAAUAAGAUCCCAAAAGCUUAUCCUUUGGUGGGUUCUUAUUUUGAGAUCAAGGCAAACAAGCACCGCCGAUCUCAAUGGACUUGUGAAAUCGUUAACAGCUUGCCCAAUCUGACCUUCACUCUCCACCGUCCAUUAGGCCACAUUCAAGUCUAUACUGCAAAUCCGGCCAACGUCCAGCAUAUUCUGAAGACUCAUUUCCAUAACUAUCCAAAGGGAGAUUUCGCCCACAUGACCAAUUGGGAUUUUAUGGGUGAUGGCAUAUUCAAUGUAGACGGCGAGAAAUGGAAGUUCCAGAGACAAGUUUCCAGUCACGAAUUCAACACAAAAUCUCUCCGGAGAUUCGUGGAAACCGUGGUUGCGGACGAACUCAACGAGCGACUAAUUCCAAUCCUAUCUGAAGCUGCAGCCAAUAAAACGGUGCUUGAUUUUCAAGACAUAUUUCAAAGAUUUGCUUUUGAUAAUAUCUGUAAAGUUGCUUUUGGUUAUGACCCUGCUUACUUAUUGUCAUCCCUUCCCGAUGCCAAAUUCCCGGUGGCUUUUGAAGAUUGCACGCGACUACUGAGCGAAAGAAUUAACGCCCCUUUUCCCCUAUACUGGAAGGCCAAACGGUUUUUUAAUUUCGGGUCAGAAAAACAGCUCAAAGAAGCUGUGGCGGAAGUCCGGGAAUUUUCUAAACAAAUUAUGAGGGAAAAGAAGAAAGAGCUCGAGAAGAAAUCAUCAAUCGAUUCGGUUGAUAUUCUGUCGCGAUUCUUGACAUCUGGAUACUGCGACGAGGAUCUAGUCACGGAUGUCGUCAUCAGUUUCAUCCUGGCUGGCCGCGACACCACUUCGGCGGCGCUGACGUGGUUUUUCUGGCUGUUAUCCCGCCACUCCGACGUGGAGAAUGAGAUUCUCCGAGAGAUUACGGAGAAAGCGGAGUCUCCGUUGUUUGAUGAGGUGAAAGAUAUGCCUUACACUCACGCUUCGCUUUACGAAACCAUGAGAUUGUACCCGCCGGUGCCGCUUGACACGAAGUCGGCGAAGAACGACGAUGUUUUACCGGACGGAACCUACGUGAAGAAGGGUACGAGAGUAAUUUACCAUCCCUACGCAAUGGGAAGAGUAGAAAGCGUGUGGGGUGCGGACUGGCCGGAAUUUCGGCCGGAGAGGUGGCUGGAAAGUGUUGAGCCCGGGAAGCGGAGCUUCGUGAGCAGGGAUCAAUACACGUAUCCGGUGUUUCAAGCUGGGCCAAGGGUGUGUUUGGGAAAAGAGAUGGCGAUGCUGCAGAUGAAGACGGUGGUCGCCGGAAUACUGCGGCGGUUCAAGGUGGUGCCGGUGAUGGAAAAGGGGGUGGAGCCGGUGUUCUUGUCGUUUUUGACCUCCAAAAUGCAAGGUGGAUUGCCUGUGAGGAUAGAGGAUAGGGUGGUGGAAAGCUGUUGAUGUUUGAGGCCAUAACGUACGUCAAUUAAUUUGUCAUUAAUUUGCAUGUGGAUUUCGUCGUGGCAUUGUAAUAUUUGGUUAUUAGUAUUUUUUGUUUUGAUCGUUGUCAGUCCGGAGUGGCAGUAAUCCUAAGUUAUUGCUAUAAUAUGAAUACAUAUAGUGCCAAUUGGGGUAGGAAAUCAGUGAUCGUCAUGUAAAAUUUUGAACCGUAGUCAAAUUGUAGAUUGAUUGGAUAUUGGUCUUUUUUCCCGACACCAUUUCUUUUCUUUCUUUUUUCUUUGUGCUACAAGGCACUUUCUUCAUUUGUACGAAAAUAUACAAUUUAUUCAGUACACGUAAUUGAAUGAAUGUGAUUCGUCUUCCUUUACAGAUAUU